AUGCCCAAACAGGAUGCCAGGUCCUGCUCAGCCGGGGAGUUCCAGUGUCGUAACCAUAAAUGUUUAGCACCGGUCUAUGUGUGUGAUGGCGAUGAUGACUGUGGAGACGGCAGCGAUGAGGAGAAGUGCUCUCCGCCCACCUGUGGGCCGCAUGAGUUUCGCUGUAACAGCUCCGAGUGUGUGCCACAGCCCUGGACCUGCGACGGUGACCCUGACUGUGCUGAUGGCUCUGAUGAGUGGGCAGGGCGAUGUGGGGGCAGGUCUGGACGGCCGGCUCCGCCCCCUACCCGGAGACUGCAGUGUGGUGCUGGAGAAUUUCGUUGCGGCAGUGGGGAGUGUGUGAAACUUUCCUGGAGGUGCGACAGGGACCCUGAUUGCAAGGACAAGUCAGAUGAGGCAGACUGCCCUCUGCUCACAUGCCGGCCUGAUGAGUUCCAGUGUGGAGACGGAUCCUGCAUCCAUGGCAUCAAACAGUGCAACAAAAUACAUGACUGCCUCGACAAAAGCGACGAGGCUGGCUGUGUCAAUGCCACAAAGUGUGAAGGACCUCUGAAGUUCCUCUGCAGGAAUGGGGAAUGCAUAGACGGGAGCAAGGUGUGUGACAACGUGAAAGACUGCAAGGAUCGGUCAGACGAACCCAAGAAGGAGUGCAGUUUGAAUGAAUGUUUGCUUAACAAUGGAGGCUGCUCACACAUCUGUGUGGAUCGUCCCAUUGGAUACGAAUGCCAGUGUCCUGCUGGCUAUAAGCUCCUGGACAAGAGGACAUGUGGAGAUAUCGAUGAGUGUGAGAACCCUGAUGCCUGCAGUCAGAUCUGCAUUAAUCUGAAAGGAGAUUUCAAGUGUGAAUGUCACCCGGGUUAUGAGAUGGACCCCGUAAGCAAGACCUGCAAAGCUGAGGGAAAAAGCCCUUACCUGAUGUUCACAAACAGGCACGAGAUCAGACGCAUUGACCUGGUGAAGAGGGACUACACACAGGUGGUUCCUACUCAGAAGAACGCAGUGGCCAUUGAUAUCGACGUUGUUGCCAACCGCAUGUACUGGUGUGACCGUUUCCAGCACAAAAUAUACAGUGCUUACAUCCACGAGGCGAGCGACCCGUCUCGACACGUUACUCUGAUCGACUCCGAUCUGCAUUCCCCUGAGGGUCUGGCACUGGACUGGGUCCAACACAACCUCUACUGGACCGACUCUGGUGACAGAACCAUCUCCGUGGCUUCAGCGGAUGGCAGCAGGAGACGCGUGCUGAUCAGCACUGAUCUGAGCGAACCACGGGCCAUCGCUGUGGAUCCAGAGAGAGGGUUCAUGUAUUGGUCUGACUGGGGCAUCAGGGCCAGAAUUGAGAAGGCUGGCAUGAACGGUGUCGAUCGACAGGUGUUGGUGUCUGAGGACAUUGAGUGGCCCAAUGGAAUCACACUCGAUGUGGUUGGUAAGCGCUUGUACUGGGUGGACUCAAAGCUGCACCUGAUCUGCAGCGUGGAUUUAAACGGGGCCCAUCGCAGAGUCAUCCUGUCCUCCAGAGAGAGACUCGGCCAUCCGUAUGCCCUCGCUGUGUUCGAGGAUCGCGUGUACUGGACAGACCGUGAGAAGGAAGCUGUCUACAGCGCAAACAGACUCACAGGACAAGAUGUGACCAGUCUUGCCGAGCACCUCAAUGACCCUCAUGAUAUAGUGGUUUUCCACGGGCUGAGCCAGCCUGCAGCUCCUGACAGCUGUAACCUGAGCGGCGUGACUAACGGAGGCUGUGACUUCCUGUGUCUGCGAGCUCCUCAGAUCAGUGAACACUCACCCAAAUACACCUGCGCUUGCCCUGACGGUGAGGAGCUCAGCCCUGACACACGCCAGUGUGUACCCGUGCAAAAUGAGACUGGCAUCACACCUACUGCCCCCAUCAAUUUCACCAUGGAGACAGGGGCUGGCCGGGCACCAGAGUCUCCUGCAGCAGUGACAUCUCAGUCUGACAGUAUGGCUGAAACCACUCUCUCAUCACUCCUCACCUCCAGUCCAGAGGAACUGGCCGUCUCCUCUAAUACUACAGCAGAGCACAGUCCUACACAAGCAUCCAGCACCAAACCAGACAGCUUGAGCAACCUGUCUCAUCACUCUGGCAAUGAGUUGUUUCUCCUUGGCCGUAAUCUGACAGUGGCAGUGCUUGGAGUUGUAAUUCCCAUAGUGGUCUUUGGAGUGGUGUGUGCCGGCGUUUACCUCGUUUACCGCAACUGGAGGAGGAACAGCACUAAAAGCAUGAACUUCGACAACCCCGUCUACCGCAAAACCACAGGAGAGACGGAGGAGGAUGAGAUUCACAUCGGACGGACUGACAGACUCGCUGGCCAUCACCACCCUUACCCUGGGCCCAUGGUGAGCAUGACGCCAGUCGGCACAGGGACGUGCCCGCCAUUCAUCGCUCUGCCUCUGGGGACCGGUUUACCAGACCCUGCCACACACUGGUACACAGAGCAUCCCACCAUCUCUAGUACUAAGUGAAAGGGAGGACGACUCUGGAAAUACUGUGACCGCAGGGAGCAGGACUGACACGUGGCUGCCAAGCUUUCAGGAACUGAAUGGCAUUUAGUGAGCUGAAUCAUUCUUAACAUGCCCAGGUUUUGAAGUCUGCUGCAGUGCAAAUGUUGGAUUGAUUACUAAACAAAAGGUUUAGAUAUUUCAGACCCAUAUUCAUUUGAUCCAUUUUAAGCAUCAUUUUAUUGCUGGUUGGAACCACCAGGGCAAGCCUUUUCAAACCUGCAUUAUUUAUAUUUAUCUUAUAAUCACAGACAAAUCUAGCACUGUAACUGGUAUUAAAUUGGUACUACUUAAAUAUUGAAACUAGUCUACUAGACUAGAAAUGUCCAGCACUUUAGCUAAAGCUGCAGAGAGAAAAGAAACAUUUUGAUCCUUAUUAC